GCCCAUUUUCUGUAUUUUAGCGAGAUACUUCAUCUACACAAUUCCAAAGAUAUUCAUCUUCUAUUGAGCCCACAUCUCCAAAUCAUUACUGUGCAUAUCAUCAUUAACCCAUCGCACAACGUCUCCUGAGAGAAACACACACCCUCACACACAAAGCCCACACAUACACACCAAAAGCAAAGCCAAAAAUGAUCCCCCGGACAGCCAUCCUCUCCAUCUGUGCAUCUGCUGCCCUGCUGCCCCUGAGCGCAGUCGCCAGGCCACAGGACGUCACUGCUGCCGGACUCGCCGCGCUGCGCAGUGUACAAGUUACCACCACCGACGAAGUGACGGCGGCCGCCAGCAAGAGAGAGCCCGCGGUCGUCGUUGUCGGCGGCGGUGGUAGCGUUGCAUUCGAGCAAGCCCGUUCACUAGAAUCGUGUGUAGCCCCCCUCUUAUCCUCAUUUUGUAAAGUUGACAAUCAGCAAGGCUAACAUGUGAUCAUCGCAAGUCUUGACAAUGCUGCCAAGGACAACAACAUCCUCAUCAAGCACGCCCCGCCCGACGUUCUCCAGGGCCGGAGCGACGACGACGAUAGCAGCACCAGCACCAGCAGCAGUGGAGACGGCGACGACGAUGACGACGACG